CUAUGCGCAGGCGCAGAAAGACACGGACUUGAGCUGAGUGUUCGCGACGCAGAGCUAAGGAUCAGUCCGAGAUGGCAGAGGUGGAGGAGACACUGAAGCGACUUCAGAGCCAGAAAGGAGUUCAGGGAAUCAUCGUGGUGAAUACAGAAGGAAUUCCCAUCAAGAGUACCAUGGACAAUCCCACCACCACACAGUAUGCCAACCUCAUGCACAACUUCAUCUUGAAGGCAAGGAGCACUGUGCGAGAAAUUGACCCCCAGAAUGACCUCACUUUCCUUCGAAUCCGCUCCAAGAAAAAUGAAAUUAUGGUUGCACCAGAUAAAGACUAUUUCCUGAUUGUGAUUCAGAAUCCAACCGAAUAAGCCAACUCUUCUGGCUCCCUGUAUCAUUCCUUAAUGUAAUGCCCCAAAGAAUACUAGUGUUAAUCAUGUCAAAUGACUGGCCCGUGGAAAUCGCCCUAGAGCCCAUGCAAACCAAUCCAGUGACCAAGGUUGGUCUGGCAGCUGUGCCCAGCCCCACCAGAGGAAUCCUUCUGCUGUUCCAGGCACCCCAGAGUUCCCRGGAGGGCUCUCUUUCCUCACUUCCAGGUUUUGGAGCAAGAGCCUGUGAGAAGCCCACACCCAGCUUCCUUCUGACCUUUAGUUCACUUUGUUGCCCUUGGAAAAGGCUGUUUUUCUUUAACUAAAAAUAACCAGAAUGCUUA